UCGGCGCCGUUGCCGGGGAGACCGGGCCCCGCCCAGCGAAGCCCGGGCCGCGGCGCCAUGGCCACGUUAUCCCGGCUGCAGGCGCGCUCGGCCCUUCUGGAGACGCAGUUCUACUUUAGGAACCGUGUUGUCGAUGAAUUUAGAAAGAAAGAAUAUGAUGCAGCAGUGAAAAUCCAGAGCUGGUUCCGAGGGUGUCAAGUCCGGGCAUACAUAAGGCAUUUGAACAGAGUAGUAACAAUCAUGCAAAAGUGGUGGAGAGGGUACCUAAGCAGAAAACAUUACCAACUUGUUGUUCAGGUAGCAUAUUAUAAGAUGAAGAUGAAUUUCUACAACGCAAUGGCCGUCAGGAUACAGAAGUUGUGGCGUGGCUUUAAAAUUCGGAGAUAUUGCUUCAAUUACUUCUGUUUGAAACAAUACUUGAGAGCUGUUGCAGGAAUCAAUGAGAUGGUCAGGGAGGCCCUGGAGGAGUUCACAAAGAUAAAAGAAAGGGAAGAGAAGAAGGCUGCCCUGGAAAAAGAAGCGAUGCAAAGAGAUUACCGAGCCCGGAAGACACAUUACCUCCUCAGCACGAAGCAGAUUCCAGGUGUAUACAACUCGCCAUUCAGAAAAGAGCCAGAUCCAUGGGAGCUGCAGCUGAAGAAAGUAAAGAUUUUAAAGCCCCACCCAACUCCUAAGGCCCAGAAGCACACCAGAAGCCUGACCAACUGGCUGGCCUGCACCAGUGCCAGGUCCUUUCCUCAGAGCACAAGCCUGCCACCUAUUGAUAGGAAGCAGUGUCAGGGUCCCUUCUGGGACAUCAAUGAAGUCCUGGAGCAGCGCUACAAACCGCUGGAGCCAACGCUGAGGGUGGCAGAACCUAUCAACCACUUACAGCUGGCCAGGGAGGAGCUGAGAAGAGAGGAACGGAUGCUAAAUGUGAAUGACAAAAUGUUUUUGCCAUUUUCUUCUUACCAUAAAAAAGAAAACUACGUCCCACUAAUACAUUCAUCAAGCAUAUACAAGCCUGACUCUUAUGGACUGAAACACUUCCGAACUGAAAACCGUCAAAAAUGGAUCAGCAACAAGGAUUUUCAAACUGUAUUACCAUCCUUUGAACUCUUCUCAAAGUAUGGAAAAUUAUAUUCAAAAGCUGGACAAAUUAUAUAAAGAGAACACAAGAAGAUGAAAUGUAAACAUGAGGUUAAGAUGUGACGGGAGCAUGAAAUAGAAGAUACCACUGCCGAAUCAGGUCCUGGAUUCUGCUCCCAUGCUGCUGAGUGACCUUGACUUUGGCCUCUUAGCCUCUUAGCCUCUGCAGUUCUCUCUGUCUCUCAUCUCUCUUUCUCAUCUGUCAGAAGAAGAAAUUGCAAACUAUCUUGGGGUCAUUAUAAACCUUUAUAGUCUAAAAGGAAAAUAAAUU